AUGGAAGCCAUCUCUUCGGCGCUUUCUGCGCUCUCCAUUCAGACCGAAAAGGUGGUCAAGCACGCUGCUGCCAACAGCCCCGAGAGCUGGAGGUCCGCCGUGUCUGAUGUCGCCUCUACGCUCGGUUUCCCCACCUCCAACUACACGAAGACGGUCGUCUUCAAGCCCAAGACGGCCAAGACUGCCACUCCAACUCCUGUCGUGCUUAUCGCAAAGGAUGACUCCGAAUACAACACCGGUGCCGUGGCCAAGCACAUCGGCCAGAAGGAGAUGCGUCUCGCAGCCCCCGAGGUGCUCAAGGAGUUCCUGAAUGCUACCAAGGACGACGUCUCUGCGCUCAGCAUCACCAAGGACAACGCAUCACAGCUCAUCGCAGUCCUCGACGCAAGUCUCGCCACUAGCACAGAGCACUUCGCCGUCCACGCCGCCAGCUCCGAGGAGACGCUCUUCAUGAGCGGCGCAGAGAUCACAAAGUACCUCCAGAGCACCGGUGUCAAGCUCGAGGUGGUCGACUUCGCCAAGCUCAAGGCCGAGGCUGCUACUCCCGUCGCCAAGGCUUCGGCUCCCUCGUCCAGCUCCGCUUCCGCUCCUGGCUCCACACAGGGUCCCAUACCCGCUUCCAGCAAGGCCAAGGCUGCCGAGGCCGCCAAGAUCCCCGACGCAGAGCAGAUCGGCAUCACCGUUCGCAAGGCCGGCGAUUUCUCUGAAUGGUACUCCCAAGUCCUCCGCAAGGGCGACAUGCUCGACUACUACGACGUCUCGGGCUGCUACAUCCUCAAGCCCUGGUCCUACUUCGUCUGGCAAUCGAUCCAGAACUUCUUCGAUGCCGAGAUCAAGAAGAUUGGUGUGGAGAACUGCUACUUCCCCAUGUUUGUUUCCGCCGACGUGCUCGAGCGCGAGAAGGACCACAUCGAAGGCUUCGCCCCGGAAGUCGCCUGGGUGACCAAGGCGGGCAACAGCGAUCUGGAACGUCCCGUCGCCAUCCGUCCCACCUCGGAGACGGUCAUGUACCCGUACUACGCCAAGUGGAUUCAGUCGCACCGCGAUCUGCCGCUCAAGCUCAACCAGUGGAACUCCGUCGUGCGAUGGGAGUUCAAGCACCCGCAGCCGUUCCUCCGCACGCGCGAGUUCCUCUGGCAGGAAGGCCACACGGCGCACAUGACGCUCGAACAGGCCGACGAGGAGGUGAUGCACAUCCUCGACCUCUACCGCCAGGUGUACGAGAAGCUCCUCGCCGUCCCCGUCGUGCCCGGUGUCAAGUCGGAGAAGGAAAAGUUUGCCGGUGGCUACUACACCACCACCGUCGAGGGUUUCGUCCCCACCACGGGUCGCGGUAUUCAGGGUGGAACCUCGCAUUGCUUGGGUCAGAACUUUUCCAAGAUGUUCAACAUCACCGUGGAAGACCCCAAGGCGGCCGAGGAGCACCGCGGUAAGGACGAGGGCAAGCUGCACGUGUGGCAGAACUCAUGGGGUCUCUCGACGCGUACGAUCGGUGUGAUGGUCAUGGUGCACGGUGACGACGAUGGACUGGUGAUGCCUCCCCGCGUCGCCCAGGUGCAGGUGGUCAUCAUUCCCUGUGGAAUCGGUGUCAAGACUACUCCCGCGGAGAAGGAAGCCAUCAUGGAUGCGUGCGAUCAAACGGCAAAGGACCUCAAAGCCGCCGGGAUCCGAGCCAAGGCGGAUCUGCGAGACAACUACAGUCCUGGAUUCAAGUUCAACGACUGGGAGAUGCGAGGUGUGCCCAUUCGACUCGAGAUCGGACCCAAAGACCUCGAGAAGAAGUCGGUCGUCUCUGUUCGUCGCGACAACAAGGCCAAGGCCCCCUUGUCGGUGGAAGGUCUCUCGGAAUCCAUCGCCAAGCUCCUCGACACGAUCCACGACGAUAUGUUCGCCAAGGCCGAUGCGGAGUACCGUUCGCGCCGCAAGGUGUGCGAGCAGUGGGACGACUUUACGUCGAUCCUCAACGACAAGUGCCACGUGGUGAUCCCGUGGUGCGAGGUCGAGGCGUGCGAGGACGAGAUCAAGAAGCGCAGCGCCCGACAGGCUACCGCGGGCGAAGCGGAGGACGAGAAGGCCCCGAGCAUGGGCGCCAAGUCGCUCUGCAUUCCGUUCGAUCAGAAGCAGUUCGGCGAGGUCAAGGGCAAGAAGUGCCCCCAGUGCGGAAAGGAUGCGAAGCGAUGGACGAUGUUCGGUCGUUCGUACUAG